CAUUGGCUUCUGGUGGGCUGUUGUGACUAUGACCACACUGGGCUAUGGAGACAUGUAUCCUCAGACUUGGUCAGGCAUGUUGGUGGGCGCACUGUGUGCUCUGGCGGGUGUGUUAACCAUCGCCAUGCCUGUGCCUGUCAUCGUCAAUAACUUUGGGAUGUACUACUCUCUAGCCAUGGCUAAGCAGAAGCUACCAAAGAAAAAGAACAAGCAUAUUCCCCGUGCGCCCCAGCCGGGCUCACCUAAUUACUGUAAGUCUGCCCUGAACUCACCCCACCACAGCCCACAAAGUGACCACUGCGCUCUUGCUGCCCAGGAGGAGAUUUUAGACAUGAACAGAGCAGUCUUUCUAGACCUGCCUGAAAUCACACAUGUAACCUGUUUUCAAAAUCCCUCAUUUGGGAAUUGUUCAAAUGCAGCUCUACCAUCUGGAGACAUUAUAAAAUCUCAUCGCACUGCAUUCUUAACAAAGAUGCGCGUAGAAACAAACACACGUCCUCACCAUGGUUGCAUAACAACUAAUACCCCAUGCAACAUUUUGCAUAUCUAUAUGUUUUUCCAUCAGACUCCUGUGAGGAUAAAUUAUAUCCACCCAGACAAACAGGAGCACACUUGCUUUU